AUGGAGCAACUCCAGAUUGCCCCAUUACAUGAACUCCUUAGCCAUUUUCGAUAUAUGAUUACAUUGCGAUCACAGGAAGGCAAAUACCACUCUUUAAUCUUGUUUCGUCUGUCCACAGCGCAAGAUCCUGGGAUUAAAGACCUCCCCACUAGUGAAUCGUGCGGGUCCCAGACAGAUGACAUUUCCCUAUCUACCGGCCCAAGUUCAAAUCAACGACAGAUAUAUGUGAUGGAAUCUAGCUGUCCACAUCUGGGAGCAGACAUGUCUCAUGCAGAUAUCGAGGAAUGCGAGACUGGAUUGGUUGCCGUAUGUCCAUGGCAUAGGUAUGACUUUGACCUAAAGACAGGGAAGAGCGAAACAGGCCUAAAAGCGUGCACAUACGAUGUCGAAGUCAAGGUUGAUCUAAAAGAUGGGGUGGAGAAGGUUUAUAUGCAAACACCAGAGGAAGGAACGAAUUGGCGACUAGUCGAGUUACGACCUGUAUCAGAAGAAUUUGCGGAUCCACCGCCACCACCUAAAACCAUUCAGCAUUCAGAGGCGACGGUCCACGUCGAAACAGGAGAAAUAGAACCUGUUGUUCCACCAGUCAACCCCCCUAAAACACUCAUGCAAUGGGCGGUCCUCAUUCUAAAUACCCCGAAUCCUAGUUUGAAGGUAGAGCGUACCCGAUAUGCAGUCGACCUUUUCAGAACAGGCAAACUAAGCUCUAUUGGACACAAAUCCGCCAGUGCUCCCCGACCGCCAGACGUCCCUUCACGAGAUGUAUCUUAUACAAAAAACACCGUCGCACCCCAGAAGGUCAAGAGCCGUAAAAACCUUGCUGUGAUGUUGCAUGCACUGGCCAAUAUCGAACAAUGGGCCUCCUUACUCACUUCAAGACUUGCAGCCAUCUCACCAUCAACGCCAUACGGCAGCAUGCCUGUACAUGCAUCGCUCUGGGAGUCGGCCACCGUGACGUCGCAAUCUCUUCGUUCCAGACUUGCUAUAAUUCAUCUUGUGCAUGAAGCUCGCGGUUUGGACGUCAAUCCGGCCACUAUUGAGAGAUUCCGCAAAGCCGGAGAUCUGGAAACAGUCAAAGUCAUGGAGAUCAUCCAUGCCGACGAGGUCACGCACGUUACCUCGGGACACCGCUGGUUUACAUGGAUAUGUGCACAGGAAGGUGCAACUGAACCUGUAGCGGCUUUCAGAGACGAGGUGAGGAGAGGAUGGAGAGGCGACAUUAAAGGCCCUUUCAAUGUCGAUGACAGAGAAAAGGCCGGGUUGACGCCUCAGUUCUAUGAAGAUCUUAAAGGUGAAAUGGGCUUCAUAGAAAAGGCUGAACAAGAGUUGUUCAAAAGUAGUGUAGAGCUGUCCGCCAUAGACAUCGCACCGGUUAACAUUGAAUAUGAUAAAGAAUGA